CUCGGCUGGGAGGGGCCGGUCUUGCCACGGACCCGGCAUCGUGCAAGUGCAGAGUCAGCGCUCUCCCACUGUGCAAGGGAGCAGAGGACAUAAGAGGCUGGAUAAGCGCUGGGACGAGAGUGUUUCCUGGCGAACGGAAGAUGGGAGGACCUCUUGUUUGGCAAAGAGUAUGAAAGUAGAAGAAAGGGAGACAUCCAGUCGACAACAGCGGCACCGUGAUCAUAAUCCAGUCAACUGGCAGCCAGGUGUCUCUUGCACGCUGCACAAUCUUCAAUCUCCUCUCAAGGUUCUUUUGGCAGUGCUGGGAGUGUGCUCGGCUGCCCCCUUCAUCGGGGACACGCCCGAAGUGCAGGCUGAGAAAGCGCGGUUCUUCCAAGCCUUCCGCGCUGCUCAGGCUGCUGCCGCUCCCCAGCAGGCCUUCUAUCACCAGGCUGCUCCUGUGCAGGCCAAGUGGACUGGACCAGUUGCUGCCACCAUCCCCGCCGGCGUCGACGGCACCAUCACCCCCGUGGGCGACACCGCAGAGGUUGCUGCCGCCCGCAACGCCUUCCUCAACGCCUACCGCGCCCAGGUUGUAGCCACGGUCGGCACUGCCCCCGUCGUCCACUCCCCCGCCCCAGUUUACAAUGCCAUCCCAGCCGUGCCCCAGCAGGUCUUCCAGCAGACCUUCCACCACGCCGCCCCCGUGCAGCCCAAGUGGACCGGCCCCGUGGCAGCCACCGUGCCCGCCGGACUCCCAGGCUCCGCCCCGCAGGUCGCCGACACCGCCGAAGUCGCAGCCGCCAAGCAGGCCUUCUUCAACACGUACCGACAGCAGGCAGCAGCUGCGGCAGCCCCCUCGGCCCACUACUUCUAGAUCGUCCUAGGAUAAUCACAUUCUAUAAAAAAUGUAUAAAAGUCCAUAACAGUUCAACGUAAAAUAAAAUUAUAUUUGUA